AUGCCUGUGACUCGAAACCAGUCAAGCGUGGCUGCCAAGUCGAGCAGCGAAAUUCCCAGCACCAGUGGGCUAAAGGAGAGCUCUGAUGGAGCUGACAAGCCAACGGAAGCUGAGGCAUCUCAUCGGGACUCGCCAGAAAACUGCUCUAUAUGUUUGGGGCCUUUCAUCAACAAAUCUUUCACCAGUAGCUGCGCUCACUCCUUCUGCUUUGUUUGCCUGAAGCAGUGGUCCAAGGUCAAAGCUGAGUGCCCUUUAUGUAAGCAAUCGUUCACUGGAAUUUUUCACAACAUUCGUUCAAAUGAUAGCUAUGAUGUGUAUGAGCUGCCUCCGGUGAACCCACCGACCCAGAUUGAUUACAGCUACUUGUACAAUUACAUGGGCGGGCAUCUGGCCACCUUUGCGCCAACCCAGCAUUAUUUUAGCCUGUCCCAGCCAAGCUUGGAUGCCGAUUUGACUUUGAGUAAUUUCAGCAGGUUCCAGUUUCAUCACCGGCGCUACAACAGGUACCUCAAUUCAGACCACUCCGUGCAUGGUGAGCAUCAGUACUCAUUCCCCAACUCAACGUUCAACCCAGCUACUCAUGUGUCAGCGGCUUCCUGGCCCAGAGGUGCUGAGGACUUCCGUCUCCGAGUGUAUAGACGUCACAUGGGUCCUCCAGCUGUGAUUCUGGGCUGUGAAAACAGCAACUACCGUCUAACUCCGGCGAUGGUGGCCGCUAGUUCUCAUAGGUUACAUCGCAUCAUGCCAUGGCUGACCAGGGAGCUUAGAGUUCUACUUAGAAGUCACCAGAAUGUCAGACAGGCCAUUGGCAUCAUCCAGCCUCUCUUGACCCAGGUGACUAUUGAUAGUCAUUACUUCAGUGAGAAAGUUUCACCCAUCAUCGGCCAGAAGUCGAGGCAGUUCAUUCAGGAGUUUGCAGCAUUUGCUAACAGUGCGCUGACUUUGCAAGCUUUUGACAGAAAGGCUAUGUAUAGAUCUCGAGUAGCCAGAAUUCUUUACGAAGACAGUUCCAGCAGUAGCAGCGAUGAUGAUGUCAUUGAGGUCACAGACGCUAGCCCAGAUAUACGGGCACAUUCAUCGAGAAAUGCAUCAACAAGCUUGCAAGGGGCAGACAGGUUUUCCCCAACCCCCGGCCCGUCACAAGAAAUAUUCGAUUCCCAAGACCCGCCUGCCCAAACAGAAGUUGACAGAGUAUCGGUCAGCUCUGAAAGUGACCCGGUUUUUAGACCUGGUUUAGAUGAUUCAGAGUCUGAAAACUCAGAGGCUGGGAGUGAUAUUGUGUUUGUCAAGUACGACAAGCCCUGGGGCAAGAGGUCACCCAUACAGCUGUCUUCUGGCUCAGAAGGGGGUGACAAGAGCAGGAAGAAGAAAAAGAUGAAAAGUAAAAAACUCAAAAAGAGAAACUUAUCAGAGGUAAAGUCUUUGAGAAAGGGUAAAGGACAAAAGUCUGCAAAGGCUAGAGGCAGAGAUUUGUUAAAGGGGAGGGCUGGUUCCCGAAGCGAGUGGCAUUAUGAAUCAGAAUCAGGCGCUGGUCCAAAUAUAGUCUGCCCACUGUCCUCAUUGGUCAAACAAAAGAAGAAGAAGCAUAAAAAAUCAAAAGAAAAGAAUGUUGACAAUUUAUUGUGUGACAAAGACAGGGAGCAGCCAGGCAGACCUGCGGAUGGUAUCUGGCAUACUGAGAAUAUGGAUGUUGGUGGUGGAAGUGGAAACAUCAACAGCCUGAUUUCUGAUAAACGGAAGGAUCUACAUAAGAAGAGAGGCAGGUCAUGUGACAGUGACAAGGGGCGGCGAAAGAGGAAGAAGAAGAAAAGUUUGACUAAAGAAUUGGCCGGCUCAUCACCAGGGCUAAUAUCUUACAAGAAACACCACUCCGGUCACAAGAAGUCUGCUGGCAAAGGUGAGAGUUCCCGGAGAAGACAUCAGCAUAGGCACACUUCUAGAAUAGAUCAUUCUUCUGACAGCUCGAGCCGAACAGAUUCUUUAGACAGAGAAAUGCAAGCUCCUCGAGGCCAGCAGGUAGCGUCUUCAGGUGUCGACCAUUCAGGUGCCAGCACCUUCCAGGCAUCAUAUCUGGCAAGACCUGACACUGUUCAGCACAUCCCACUGAAUCUCUGGGUGAGCACCUGGCCAUCCUUGCCUCACACCCUUCCUGCAGCUUCUCCUUCAGCAACCUUCUCCUCCUCCUUGCCUCACCCACUGACUUCCUCAAGUUUUCCAAAUCAGAAUCUGGGCAAUACAUCGAGCGAAUACACCUCACAGACAAUAUCAAGCGACAGUGAAUCAUCCAACAACAGCGAUUCAGACACCUCGGCAGACAGUUCUAGCCCAAUACCACUGCGUACCAGAACAAAGCGAUGGCUAGAUGCGAGUUACCCAGAGCUUAGUCUUCAGCCUUCCUCAAGCUCCGCCAUUCACACAUCUUCGGCACCUGACCUGACCCAGAUCUGGGGAAUCGAACACAUUUCAUCACAGAGCUCUGAUGCAAAUGUCUCCGCUAGGCAUUCAAAUAACAUUACGGAUAUUGUAUCUGUAGGCAGCGAUGAUGAUGAUGUUGUCAUAUGUAGUAGUACGGAUGAAUCAGAGUCGGAUGAAGUCAGAGUGAUUGAAAAAUCUGAUGUUUCCAUUUAUUCGUCGUCAUCCUCAUCGUCGUCAUUUGGAAGCUUUGCCACAACUGCAGGUGUGUAUAGGUUGGCUCAAACAACUUAUCCAAGUCAGUCAAACAUUGUUUCUCUGAUGCUGGGAGGCAGGCACUCCAACAACUUGAUUCAGUCAACCUCUGCUCCCAUUGUCUCUUUUCAGACAAGCAGAAAGUCCAGCUCAGCAGAACAAAGCCUGGAUCCUGUGUUGUCUGGACUUGUCACCAGCACAGGCAGUAAUGUUGAAGCACCCACCACAUCCAUGCAAUCAGACCAACCAGAAAUCAUUUCAUCACCAAUAGCAUCCAGCAGCAUGCAAGAUUCCCAGCCAGGCACUUCAGCAAGUGAACUGAAAUCCUUGACUUCAUCUGGGAAUAAAGAAACCGGCAUUCACCAUCAUAACAUCUUCCCACCGACAUUGAGUGGUUUGCUGGACACCUGCUACAGAACCAACACCGGUCUACCUCCUACUUCUGCAGCUGAAAAAAUUACUGCUGCCUCCAUGCAUGCAGAUCAGAGUAUAUUGACACCAACAUCCUUGGUCAUGCAUGCAGAUCAGAGUAUAUUGACACCAACAUCCUCGGUCAUGCAUGCAGAUCAGAGUAUACUGACACCAACAUCCUCGGUCAGCUCCUCUAUGUUUGGUGUGCUCCCUCUGCAGACAUCGACUUCAGUUACUUCAAUGCUGUCAUCAAAUUUGAAUUAUCUUUCCUAUCCUCCACUGACAUUGUCAACAAAUCUACCCCCUCUACUGCCCCAGACAGUGCCAUUCAUGAUGCCACAACCACAGACGUCAUCGCGCUUGCAGUUACACUACCCUUUCCCGCCAAUCCAGCCACUUCUUACCGGUCCAUCGUCUCUCUUUGCACCAGUUUAUGCAGGGUUUUCUCAGGUUGCUCAAGUAGCUUCUUCAUCAAACACUGCUGUUGACACUGGAAGACAGUCUGACACUUCUGUAAGUGACGAGAUGACCAUGUCAACUCAGGGGGGGAAUACUGAUAACAUAACAAAUCCUGAGAGUAACAGUGCUAAUGCUGACAAAACAACUGCUUUUUCAGAGAUCACAGAGCUGGCACCCAUAUUAAGUAAAACUUUUCACAGUGGAAGACAUUGCGAAGCUUCAUCUUCUUCAGGAACUGAUGACCUUUCAGUCACGGAAGCUACCAAAAUAAAUCAAAGCACAUCCCGUGGCAAUAAUGAACAUAUAAAUUCUAUUUCGAUCUGCGGUGAUUUUGAAACUUCGAUUGAUAUAUUUGAAAGUAUGUCUGGACUCUCGCCUUGUGCUGAAGCUGCAGUUGCCAAUGGAAGGGUUCUGUUCCAGCAGCCCAGUGAAGGAAUUCCCCAGUGUUUGAAUGCUGAGACCCUACACAGGGAUGUGGAGUUUGAUGCAUUCAAUAUCAUAGAUGAUGUAGACUGUGUUGCUGCGGAAGCUACCAAUAUUAAUAACCGCAGCAACCAUCAAACUGUAACUUUAGAAGAGGGAGAUUACCAAGAAGCAGGUACCCUUGAAUCAACAGGGAGUGGCACCCAUCAGCUGUUUGUGACAGGAGCCGACCCUGACAUGUCAACAGUGGGGACGGAGGUACAUGCAGACAGACUGUUGCAAGAGGCGGCACUUGAGACACUGGACAGUAGAGAUAUUUCAGAUGAGCCACUAGAAAAUGUGUUUGUUACUUAUGAGUCCUCGUUUGUAACAGGGAAUAUGAUGUGUGAGGCAUCGGAAAGUGUAACUAGUAUGGAUAGGCAAGUGGAAGAAAUAAAUACAGCAGGUAUAGAGGAUGAGUCGGUGGAUGUGAUAGAUGGGUCGGCGGAUAUGAUAGAUGGGUCAUUGGAAUCAGCCAACAGGAUGGGUGAGAGUUUACAGGUGGAUAUUGGCAGUCACUCAGUGGAUGCUAGUGCCCUCCAGCCUGUGGAUGAAACACAGGAAGAAUUGGAAGCAAUCACUAAUCCACUUGAGGCAGAUGAAGCCUCUCUGACAGACAUAGGGGACAUUUUCAUGAGCAUAUAG